AUGUCCGCCAAGCGCCACCGCUCUCUCGUUGACUACGACGACGACGAUGAUGACGACGUCCAAGACACGGUCCAGUCAGCGCACACCUCGCGCCCGCCAUCGAAACGACCUCGUACCACCGGCGCAUCACAUAUAAAGCAUGCCGCAUCGUCUUCUUCCGCAGACCGGAUCUCCCGACUCUCCGACGAGCUCCUCCUUCGUAUCCUCUCCUUCCUGCCACUCCCGAGCCUGCUCACCGCCGCGCCCGUCUCGCACCGCUUCGCCCGCCUGGCCGCCGACUCGCAGCUGUGGAAGGCGUACUACUACGAGCGCUUCGUGCUGCCGCGCGCCAUGCGCAUCCCGGGCUUCCGCGAGAGCAAGGGGUCGGGCAGGUGGGGCGAAGGAGACCACAAGCUGCAUUACUCGGGUCGGAGGAGGCUGUGGGCGGACGGGAGGAGAGGCGGUCUCGUGCGGGAGGCCGCGAGGGGCUCGUCGGUGCUGGCUCACGUGCCGGACGAGGGCGAGAGGGUGGACUGGAGGAAGCAGUACAAGCUGAGGCACAACUGGUCGCGGGGCAAAUGCGCCGUGGAGGAGCUCAAGAUCGGACUAGAUGCCGACGCGCCCGAGGAGGUGGAGGGGAGGCGCAUGCUGGUCAAGGUCAUUGAAGGCACCGCUAUCACAGUCGAUGCAAAGUCGGGCCUGAGGGCCUGGGAUCUAAAGACCAAGGACCUGCUGGCCCAAGUCGAGCUCGGCGACGACGAAACGGCCGCGCCGACAUGCGUGGCGGUGGACGACCACCUUUUUCAUCACAAGUCACUGGAUCUCGCGGUCGGAUUUGUCGACGGCAGCUUUGGCGUGUGGAAGCUGGAUUUGCAAGCCGCCCGGUUCGACCAGAGAUAUUGGCAUCAAAAGUCCAGCAACGGCGAGCUGAUCGGGAUGGCGUAUUCCCACCCUUAUCUUCUGACGGCAACCGAGUCGGUUCUCGUCUCUCUCUACACCUUUGACGGCCCAUCGGAGAGCGAUGGCGACGCGCUGGAUGAAAAUACCACGAACGGAGCAAAAGACCUCGAGGCGACGAAUGACGAUAGGCUGGAGGAUAGAGGCGUCAAAGGAUUGGCACAACCAACCUCCUCAGGUAUCCAUGACCAGAACGGUAGAGGGAAGCUCCGCCCUGCAUACCUGCUCACCUCAUUACGGUCGCACACAUCGAGACCACCGCUGGCGCUCUCUAUACGGAGGACGGCGGCGACCACGAUUGCUUCAAUAGCAUACACAUUCUCGACCCGCCAGGGAUGGUCGAUAGGCAUACAAGACCUGCACAUCAGAGCACCGAGCACGAAGCUCGGGGCCAUUCCGGAAGUCACCACCACGCGCCUCGCCUACACGCCGCCCAUCACAUCGGGCAGGCCGUCCAUACCGUCGAGCUCGCCGCCGUCCACACCGCCGCGGAGGUCUGGCACGAUCCGAGACGUCGUCGAGUCCUCUCCCGCCGCACCGCCUAGGAUCUCUGCGAUGGCCGACGAGCCCGGCCCGAGGAGCCUAUGCUACACGCACCCGUACCUCCUGGCCACGCUGCCCGACAACACGCUGAUCUUGCACCUGUGCACGUCCAACGCGUCGACGCUGUCGGUCUCGCCGGGGAUCCGGCUGUGGGGCCACACCUCGGGGAUCAGCGACGCCGAGAUCACGGCCCGCGGCAAGGCCGUCAGCGUGAGCAGCCGCGGGGACGAGAUGCGGGUGUGGGAGCUCGAGGGCCGGCCCAGCGCGGCGUUUAGCUCGCGCAGCGUGGAGAUCCGGCCCAGCGCCGCGUCUGGGGGCGACGUCGAUGGAGAGGGCACCACGCCGCCUCCUUUUCCUCAGUCUCGGUCUCAGCCUCAGGGCGAGGGCAGCGACUGGGACGAGAGGCGCAACUGGGUCGGGUUCGACGACGAGAUGGUGAUUGUGCUCAAGGAGUCGAAGCAGGGGAGGGAGAGUCUUUUGGUCUAUGAUUUCACGUGA